CUCCGCUGCCGCCGCGAUUGUGGACUCGCGCGGGAGAGGACUUGAGUCUGGACCGGACCCCACGGAGGGCAGAGCCGGGAGAGAAGGCGGCUGAGCAGAGCGCGGCGGCGAGAGCCAUCCCGGUCGCUCACUGCUCUCGGGUGUUGGCUAACGUUGUGGUUUUGAGAAAGCCUGAGGGCCAGAAAGCAGUCCUGGCAGAAGCCCUCUGGGUGGGCAGUCGGAACCUUCAGGUCCAGAGGAGAAGCCGUUCCCUCACCUGGACUUAUGACCCGCGGCUUCGCCCCCAGCCUGCCUGUCGAGUUCCCCAAGAUGGGCUCUUUCCGCAGGCCCAGACCGCGCUUCAUGAGCUCCCCGGCGCUCAGCGACCUGCCCCGCUUCCAGGCAGCCCGCCAGGCUCUGCAGCUGAGCUCCAACUCGGCCUGGAACAGCGUCCAGACUGCCGUGAUCAAUGUCUUUAAAGGGGGCGGCUUGCAAAGCAAUGAGCUCUACACACUGAACGAAAACAUCAGGAGGCUGCUGAAGAGUGAACUUGGAUCGUUCAUUACAGACUAUUUUCAGAACCAGCUUGUAGCCAAAGGACUGCUGCUUCUGGAGGAGAACGUUAAGCUGCGUGAAGGUGAAAAUCGCAUUGAGGUUCUGGCUGAAGUCUGGGACCAUUUCUUCACUGAGACUCUCCCCACCCUGCAGGCAAUAUUCUAUCCAGUUCAGGGCCAGGAGCUGACCAUCCGCCAGAUCUCCCUGCUGGGCUUCCGCGACCUGGUUCUGCUGAAGGUGAAGCUGGAUGACUUGCUGCUGCUGGCCCCGCCCCAGCUGCCCUCGUCCAUCGUCCAGAUGUUGCUCAUCCUGCAGAGUGUUCACGAGCCCACAGGCCCAAGCGAGGGUUAUUUGCAGCUGGAGGAGCUGGUGAAGCAGGUCGUUUCUCCUUUCCUCGGCAUCAGCGAGGACCGCAGCGUCUCAGGCCCCACGUACACACUGGCCAGGCGCCACUCCAGGGCCCGGCCCAAGGUCACGCUCUUGAACUACGCCUCCCCGAUGACCGCCGUCAGCCGGCCCCUGAACGAGAUGGCCCUGACCCCUCUGACGGAGCAAGAGGGCGAGGCCUACCUAGAGAAGUGUGGCAGUGUCCGGCGACACACGGUGGCCAAUGCCCACUCGGACAUCCAGCUGCUGGCCAUGGCCACCAGGAUGCACUCGGGCUUAGGGGAGGAGCCUGGUGGCGAGGACAAGUGCCUGCUUCUGCCACCCAGCUUCCCGCCGCCCCACCGGCAGUGCUCCAGUGAGCCCAACAUCACUGAUGGCCCCGAUGAGCCGGAGCAGGUGGCAGCGGGCAGCCAGGAGGACUCAGAGCUGAACUGUGCAUCCCUCAGCUGAAUGCCCUCCUCUGGGACCUCCCAGCUCCUGCCUGGCCACCAGGAUGAGGGUGGCUUCAUCCCCGAGGACCGCCGAGGGGAGCUCUUCCUUUGGGCAAUGCCGCCUUAUGCCUUUCCAGGUACAGGCUAGUGUGAGUGCCCUAGGGAAAAUCCCCAUCGUGAGCCUUUCCAUUUUCGUGACUGUGACCACCUACCUCUUGGCGGCCACACAGAUCCAACUGCCUAAUGUUCACCUUCUGACUUUCAGCCUUGCCUGCCUGACUCAACUCAAAUCCUCCUCUCUGGGCUUUUCCCCUCAGAUAUUGGACUCUCUGAUCCUCCCAGCCCUAUAUCGCAGUGCCCCUGGCGUUCCUAUAGCAGGAAGUCGUCCGACCCACACACACAGCCAGCAAGGAUGUGUUGGCGUGUGGAGUUCCCCUUGAGGGUCCUUGUGAUACAGAGGCCGAUGGGUGAAAAGAGGCAAUAGAGAGGUACCUCUUCUCUCUGUCUUGCAUGGAGUAAAAGUAGACUGCAGCCCCUCCCAAGCCUGACUCUGGGAAUGCAGCUUUCAUUUCAGUUUCAGAAUUACUGGGAAAGAGUGGCCCCACUGGUGGGUGAGGGUCCAUCCUCACCUAUAUCCAGACCCUAUGUGCUGCCUUUGGCUUUUGGCCCGGGAGGGCCACAGUGCUGGAGGAACCCCGUCUUUGAUUAAGCCUCAGCAUUCCCCUCUCAGGCUUCCUCCCCGACUCAAGGAACUAACCUACCCGGUGGAGUAGCUGGUGCCUCCCUCCCUUUCUCAUUUCAGAAACCGACCCUUUUCCUAUUGUGCGGAAGGGGCCAGCUGAUACCAACCAACCAGUCUGUUCCUGGAUUUCACUUGAAUUUUUUAAAUGUGCAUCGUUUCAAAAAUAAAUUGCUUGCAA